AUGAACAUUCUUUAUGGAAUGCAGAAAGGAGAGAGUGAACUGUCAGGGCUGGAGACUGGAAAUAGUAAGGGCUAUGGAUUUCUGGAGUUUGAAUCUGAUGAUGUUGCUAAGAUUGUUGCUGAUACAAUGAACAACUACCUUUUUUGUGAAAGGCUAUUGAAGUGUCAUUUUGUGCCACCUGAAAAAGUACAUGAAGAACUUUUCAAAGGCUGUGAGAUUCCAUUUUCAAAGCCCUCCCAUCCAGCAGUAAAACGUUAUAACAAGGAACGAACUUAUGAAGAAAAGAUAAGAAUGGAGAAGCGAUUUAAAAAGAAAGAAAAUAAGCUCCGAAAGAGAUUAGCUGAAAAAGGAAUAGAUUAUACAUUUCCUAAAUUAGUUUUACGAAACAGAAGAAAAAAGAAGGUUGCAGGAACUACUCUUCAGAAGACUAUUGAUAAUGAGGAAUUACCCAAGAAAGAGAAGAUGAAUGUUUCAGAUACUGCCCUUGAUACUUUGGAUAGCCAGGAUCUCACACCCAUUUGUUCACCAACAUUUUUAGAGAGGCGGAAAGCUCAAGCAGCUGAAAUGAAUGACGACGAUGAUGAUAAUGAAAUUAUACUUAAGCUACCACCAAUUAUUAACAAGAAAGGAACACCAUUGACUCAGACUCCACCAAGUUCAAGAAGAAAAAAGGCAAAGAACAAUAAAGGAUUAUCCUGAAUAUCAUAUCUGCCCAGGGAACUUGGGUUUUAUUAGAACCUAUUCUUGUAUAUGAUGGUAGUUUUGAGUGGUUCUUCUUAACCAUUUGUUCAUUGUUAAUUUUGUGGGGGAAAUCUUUUGUAAAAUUCUUCCAUUUACCAAUAUAGAUGAUGCUAAC